UCAUAUCCAUGAAUGCUGAAUGCUAAUCCAAGGCAAAUGUCCACAUAAUUCUAUGAAAAGCGCCCAAAUCAUGUACGGGGGCUCAAGCAGAGGCAAUGAAAGGAGAACAUUAUUCUAUGCCUUUUGAUUUCCCAGCCCAUCCAUUAUCUGUCACUGAAAAAGCUCUGCAGUUGGCAGUAGACUUAGGCGUUAACCAGAGGGAGUCUCUGGAGAGAAACAUGAGUAGUAACAAUUCAUGUACCCUAGCAGAUAUAGCUAACACAGAUUUUCGGUACUUUAUUUAUGCAGUCACGUACACAGUCAUCCUGGUGCCUGGUCUCAUAGGAAACAUACUAGCUCUGUGGGUUUUCUAUGGCUAUAUGAAAGAGACCAAGCGGGCCGUGAUCUUCAUGAUCAACUUGGCCAUCGCAGACUUAUUACAAGUGCUCUCCCUACCCUUGAGGAUCUUCUAUUACCUGAAUCACAACUGGCCUUUUGGGGAGGGCCUCUGCAUGUUUUGCUUCUACCUGAAGUAUGUGAACAUGUAUGCCAGCAUCUACUUCUUGGUGUGUAUCAGCGUGCGGCGGUUCUGGUUCCUCAUGUACCCCUUCCGCUUCACCGAUUGCAAGAGGAAAUGCGAUCUGUAUGUUAGCGUAGCUGGCUGGCUCAGCAUCUGCCUCGCCUGCCUCCUUUUCCCCUUCCUCCGGAUCAACCACGAGAAGGCUAGCAACCGAACCAAGUGCUUUGUGGAUCUGCCCACCAGGAACGUGAACUUGGCGCAGUCCAUUGUCAUGGUGACGGUGGGGGAACUGGUGGGCUUUAUUACCCCUCUCAUCAUUGUUCUCUACUGUUCCUGGAAGACAGUGUUAUCACUGAAGGAGAAAUACCCAGUGUCCCAAGACCUUGGGGAGAAGAAGAAGGCUCUAAAAAUGAUCUUAACCUGUGCAGCAGUUUUCUUAAUUUGCUUUGCACCCUAUCAUUUCAGCUUUCCUUUAGAUUUCCUGGUCAAAGCCAACAAAAUCCAAAGCUGCAGGGCCCAGAAAGUGAUUCUGAUAUUCCAUUCGGUGGCUUUGUGCCUGGCAAGUCUGAAUUCCUGCCUGGACCCAGUCAUCUACUACUUUACCACAAAUGAGUUUCGGAGGCGGCUGUCCAGACAAGAUUUGCAAGACAGUAUCCAACUCCAUAACAAAAAUGAUGCGGGCAGCCAUACCUCAACGGUGGGGUCAGGACUCUGUUGAAAUCAGAAUGCUUGCACUGACUGAAAGCUCAGAGAUUAAGACAACUUUUCAGCACCCCAACAGGGGGAAAGACAGCAACCACACGCGUGCCUGGUAUCUUCUCUGGUUAUGUCCUAGCCUGUCCGUGGGGGUGUAUGUAGAUCCAUGUCUUGGCUCUCAUUCAGGACACAGUACUUUUUCCAUCACCAGAGUUGGCUUGGCAACUCAUUACAUUGUCCAUCAACUCUCUGUAACCUCUAUGCUGAUAAUAGCUAUUGUUCAACGGUUUG